CAAAGACCCUUGUCUGCGUUGACCCUAGAAGUCGAUCGUCUUCGGGACCAGAGGUCAAAUACAUGCCAGGGACCACAUUUUGAUCUGGUCAGAAACCUGAUCCUAUUAUUGUUACCAUCUUUGAGCUUGCUCUUCCCUCACAACGUACCUUUACCUGCUGCCGCGCUGGGAGCAUCUUCUUCGUUGCUUUCUCUUUGUGACAGAUUCAGAAAGCCCUGCUGGUCAAAGUAUACUUCGUUCCCAUCAAAAACGGUAUCACCAUUGCGACCCAGGUUCUUCAGUAACGUCUCCAAGGACGUUCUCUAUUAUACGGCUUCGUCUUGUGUACCGAUACUGUAAGGUAUCGGUACUUCUAUCCAAGUGUGUCGUCCCCGACAUACCACCUCUGCAAAAUUUCUAGCUCCAGUUACAGCUUGCACAAGCUCUCGACUCAAUUCGAUCCGAUUGUUCAUUCUUUUCAAGCAGGCAAAUUUGUCUCAUGCUUUCGAAUGCUGAAAGAGUGCCCAGCUAAACUCAUUGCCGACAACUUCAAUCACAACCACUGCACUGCACUGCACACUGUCCAUGGCCAUCGCGAUAACGUCGCAGGACUGCUCGAAACUUUAUUCGUUGGGAGCUGGUAAUUCGUGGGAGAGUACAUCAUCCGAGCUUCCCAUGAUUGGCGUUAUGUCUUACCACUAUCCACCACUCUCCCCUGCCGACAAUGAGAUGGGUAUGCCGCCCCAAGGCUUCAUGCCUUCCUAUACGCUUCCUUCUCAACAACUCUGUUCUAUGACGAUGGCCGACUCUCAUGCCCCAUCACUAGGUCAAGAUCAUGGUCUGGAUAUGAAGGGGUCCUACUCAGCACCGAACAAUGCUGCCUUACUGGCUUCUGAGGCAGAAGAACAACAGCAAAACGGGAACUUGGGCGAGAAGAAAAGAAACAAGCUGGGUUACCAUCGUACUUCGGUGGCUUGUGGUCACUGCCGGCGCCGAAAGAUCAGAUGCAUCACGUCGCCUAAUGAUACCCAAGGACGCUGUAUCAACUGCAUUCGUUUGAAGAAAGAUUGCAGUUUCUUCCCUGUAGACCAAGCAUCGAUUGACGAUUCACGAAGCAAGCAAACAUCGAAAUCUUCUACAGGUCCAAAAGGGAGCUCGGCAACAUCGUCUCCAGCAACUCCGAUCAGCAAUCCAGUUGAGCAGCCGAAGAAGACAAAGCCACCGUUUGUGCCAUCUUCAAAAAGACCUGGACCAAUUACAGUUCCCAAAAUUACAGAAGCUGAAGGAGUCAAAGGGUUUCCACCUCAAACAAAAGCUUCAGGGAUUUCACCUACAAGUAUGACCCCUCCGGAAGCGGGAAACCAACAUCCUACCAGCUGGAUAAUUACAGCACCCGAGCACAGCCCAACUUCGUCCUCGAAUUUGAGUACUCCAUGGCAUACAUAUGCCACAGGAUCUCCAAUGAGUGCGCAAUUUUCUCCAUUUACCUCAGUGAACCACUCCCCAUCUGGCUGGCCCCCUGUGAACUCGGAGCCAGUACCCCAGGGUGACAUGGACAUGGCUUGGGGUCAGUUUGCACCACCAACACGGUCCAUGUCGUACGGAGGAGAGCCUCUGUCCAGCGGCCAUCCUUCUCAGUACUCUUUGAUGGCCCCAGGUCGACAAUUCGAGCGAAGGCCAUCCGCUUUGUCCGAUGCAUAUACGACUUCUAUGAGCGGUAUGGUCCCUGGGUUCGAUGACUCCAGCAUGAACACAGUGGUUCCGUUCCCACCAAACGCGGUGCCUGCGACCAACUACGCAGCAUGGAACCAAACACAGGCAUAUCCUGGAUACACAUAUGUGAAGAAUCAAGAGACCUACGGUGAUGAUUGGUCUCACGAAAGGAGGGGGCAAGACCAGCAACUUCAGGGGGACUCUGGUCAACAGGUCAUAAAUAACGCGACCAUGAAUGCAUAUCAAACCCAAAGAUAAUGGUAUACAGCACAGAAGAUAUCUUGGGCUUGUAAUAAGACGAGAACGGUUCAUGGUGGGGGCGUUGAUGACUUGCUCAGUCCGUCAAGUGAUCUGGGUAAGACUUAUAAUGAUAUAUAUAUCCGAUUUUGGUGUUACUCUGCUGUGUUACUGUGAACUGACGAACAGUCUGCAGCCUUUUGAAUCUCACCUUGCCUUAAAUCUAGUUAUUGAUUAAGCCCACUUGUGCAGUUACUUCAGA